UCCAGAGGUUAAUAAAACUGACCCUCGGGCUCAGGAGCAAAGUCACAAGAACCCCCCCGUCCGAAGCUGAACAUCAACACCACCAUGCCCAAGAAAGCAGGAAGAAAAGGCAGCAGCACUCCAGAAGAAACCCUGCAGUCAUAUGAGCCAAAUAUCCCUGAACCGACUACCAGAGCUGACUUCAUGAAAUACUGGCUCCCCGUGUCCCUGGAUGAUAAAACUGCACAGAAGCUGUUGUGGAUUUCUGAGGGAGGCUCCAAGGUGGCUCGAACCUCGGACGCUGUCUGUCCUUACCCCAACAGGCCAGAGCGAUAUGAGCACUCUCCACAGGUGCUGAGCAAGCAGGGGCUGCAGGGCCAGCGCGGCUACUGGGAGGUGGACUACGAGGGCUGGGUGGUGAUCGGGCUGGUGUCGGAGAGCGCGCCCCGGAAGGGCCCGGAUCCCUGCGGCAUCGGGGAGAACGGCGGCUCCUGGGGCGUGGGCUGGUGCGGCUCCUGCUACCAGGUCUGGCACAACAGCGAGAACGUGGACGUGACGCUGGCGUCCACGCCCACCAUGGGCGUGUACGUGGACCAGCCCGCCGGCGUCAUCCAGUUCCUCUCCGUGGGAGGGGACAGCGAGAGGGAGGUCACGCUCAUCCACAGGUUCCAGGCCGGCUUCAAGGAGAAAGUGUUCCCGGCGUUCUGGGUCGGCACAAAUUCAUUCUGUCUCAUCCGGAAAAAAGAUCAAUGAUGUCUUUAAAAAAAAAAAAAAAGAAGUUUGGGGAUCAAGUGUGGGAGCUGUAACCCUGUCUGCAAUGCAUGAAAAAUGCUCCUUGAGUUAAUAAUAUAUCUAAAGAUGCCUA